AUGAAGAAAAUUUUUGAUGAUCCUAUUAUUCAAGAUAUUUUCUGCGAUUACUUGGAUCAUGGAGACCAGAUUGUUAUAUGUCAGAUUUGUCAUGCAAAAUUAUGGAAAGCUGAAUCGAUUAGAGGGCAGAAAAAAGGCAAUACAUCUUAUUCCCUAUGUUGCGGUUACGGCAAAGUUGAGCUACCAUCCUUAAAAGAGGCACCGCCAUCAUACCAAAAUCUUGGACGAACGACCACUUCUACAUCAACUUCAAGAUCAUAUGAUCUCCAGAUUAUAGAAUUUCUGAAGGAUAUGUUAGAUUCAAACAAUGCGUUGGUCAAGUCUUAUAGGAUGUAUCCAUUACUAUUUCCAUAUGGCGAUGAUGGUUACAGAGUUGACAUUCUUCACAGAGGUAUUUCAUCUUCAAGUAAUAGCAAGCGCCCGACCUGUACAAUGAGAGAAUUUUUCGCUUACAGAAUUCAAGACAUGGAUCAAUCGUUCUCACUAAUUCUUAAUGCAAAAAGGUUGUUCCAACAAUUUUUGGUUGAUGGUUAUACCAUGAUUGAAAGCGAGAGACUAUUUUUCAUACGUAACCAACAAAAAAUUCUCAGAUGUGAAUCUUAUGAGAAUUUGCGUAAUCAACAAGCACUUGGGAGUACAGAUAUUUCUAACGUCGGGCAACGUGUGAUCUUACCUUCUUCAUUUACCGGUGGUGCACGCUAUAUGAUGCAAAACUAUUUGGAUGCCAUGUCGCUCUGUAAAUGGUUUGGAUAUCCUGAUUUUUUCAUAACUUUUACAUGUAAUCCAAAAUGGCCAGAAGUUCAAAGGUUUCUUAAGGACACUUCACUUCAUCCAGAAGAUAGACCGGAUAUAUUAUGUAGGUUGUUUAAGAUCAAGUUGGAUGCAUUUAUUAAAGAUUUAAGGGAAAAUGAAGUUUUCGGCAAGGUUCAAGCAGUGGUUUAUACAAUUGAAUUUCAAAAAAGAGGUUUGCCUCAUAGUCAUAUAUGUCUAUUUAUGCAUGCUGACUGCAAGCUUCCUACAGUUGAAUAUAUCGAUCCCAUUGUUUCUGCUGAGAUUCCAAAUAUCGAUGAUGAUCCAGAAUUGUAUUCACUUGUCAAGGAGUUCAUGAUUCACAGUCCAUGUGGAGCUGAAAAUUUGAAUUGCCCAUGCAUGCUUGACAGAAAGUGUUCUAAAAACUUUCCAAAGCAAUUUUGUAAUCAUACUUCAGUUGAUUCAAAUGGUUUUCCCUUAUAUAGGAGAAGAGAUGAUGGGCAUUUUGUUGAAAAAUCUGGUGUUCAGUUAGAUAACAGAAAUGUUGUUCCAUACAACAAAUAUCUGUUGAAAAGAUAUCAGGCACACAUUAAUGUUUAA